AUGGCAUCUUGGAAGGUGAUAGGGGUGGUCCCAGAUUCAGAAGAUGAAGAAGACGAUACAGAUCUCGAAGACAUACUCAACCCACACUCGAGCGGGUUACAAUCUACAACCACGAAAAAGGAUGGUUAUGAGGGUGAACAGGAAAACGCAUCCCGAGGCUGUUCUUUGACGAGAACUUUGCCAAUUUCAGGAGUUGUUUUGGAUGAGUUGUCUUGCCCAGUUCCUGGGACAUCCGAUGUGGCGGGGGAACCAAACAUCUUCAAUAGUGCUUCCGCGACAAAAACGUCCUCGCCCAUCCUGUUGCAAGAAACAAAUGGCUUCCCUGAUGCUAUCUCAGUCACUUCUGCUCCAGUACCUACGCCUCGUCUAGCUUCUACGCCUACUCCAGGUUCCGUCUGCGGAAGUCCUGUCGACGAUAGUAUAUCCCGCAGCUAUGUACAACUCACAUCUGCCACCGGCAGCUCGCUUUCUCGCCCUUCGGUGAGCCCAGAAUUGAAAGCUGUGGCAAUUAGUAGUCCCAAUUCAUCGCCAAUUGGGUUGCCUGCGUCAGCAACACAAAAUGCUCGUCGAGUGCCGGCUAUAACCAGCAAGGACUAUACAAUAACCCGAGCCCUCCGUCAGCGAAAUGCUAUUCAGCUUCAUCCGUAUAUGUUAGAACAAGAGAAAUACCGCCAAACUUUAAGGGCUCGUGGGAUGACUCCAAUGCGUCUUGCUAAUAGCCAGGAUGACCGUCAGGCCCAACCGAAAUCAAGCUCCUCUCCUGAUGCGAGUUCGCAGACUGAAAAUCGAGAACUUGAUGUCGAUUGGAAUAUCAACUCAAGCUCGCCGCAGAAAAGCUCCAAUGGCGAUGAACAACGAGCUACGGCUUUAGGUCAGGAUUCAUCGAAAUCGGACGAUGAGGAAUUCCCCGACAUUGACGAAAUUCUGGAUUUACCGAGAUCCAAGGCCCCUAAACUUCGUCAAAAUGCGGGCAAGAACCAAUCUUUUAAUUCAGUCCGUCAUAAGCUGGCUCCAAUAAGCAACCGCUCGUCCAGACUUAAUAGCUUUAAUACCAUGAACGCGGAACUCGAUAUUUUUGAUAUACCAGCUUCGCCUCCAGCCACAAGUCCCGUCUUACCAGCAUAUGCAAGACAAGUCGAUUCAGAGGGGUUGCCUCUUGCUUCUCACGAAACCGGAUCAUGUAUGUCUGGACCCAGCAGGCGUCAACGCAGGUCUUCAACGGGCCUACCGACACCAGGCACCAGUGUUGUAAAGCCCAUCAUGGAACCGAUACUUAUCGAUUCAGAUGUCGAAGUGGAAGGAUCAGCACAAUUUUCAACAUCAGGCUCGUCCUCUGACGAAUCGCUUGACUUCCGAAAAAUCAGAAGAAAGAUCCGUGGGGUGCUUCCGGCGUCCCAUUUGCGAUUAGACACGGCUGGGAAAGUAUCUGCGAUACCCAACCCAGCCCAGCGCGAGCGUUACCAAGAUGAUUCCCCAGACGUCCGUGUCCGACGUGGAGUUGCGAUCCUGGCGCCUUCAAAACCUUCCACGACGAGCAACUUGCACCUAAAUUAUGGCUUGCCGGCAUUGUCUGACGAUUCUGAACCGGACGAAGAAAGUAAUAAUUCAAAGGAUACCUUUACGAAGGACGGUGGCGACAAUAUCUAUGACCUCCUCGGUGAUUCUUUCCUAUCCCAACCCACUGGACUUGCAGAGGAAGACGACACAAUCGAUUCAAUGCUACCGACUAGAAAACGGCAAGCCAGGUCGAUCAAUACCUUGACCCGUAAAAGACGGCGAACUAUGUUCGGUCCAGCUCAAAAGCUAAGUAGAAUGCAUUCCGGUCGCAAUGCUCAACAUCACCGUAGUAAUUCCAAUAAAGUUAGAAGCAAGCCAGCUGCAUAUGAACCUAGCCAUUCAAAAGGGCCACAAUCAGCAAGAUUUGAUGUUCCAAGGCUUGGGAUACUUGAUGUAAUCGAUCCUGAUCAUUCAGGCCCUAAAAAGCUUCCCCAGUUCAUCCGCGUGGCGGCGCGGGCAGCGAGAUCCAAGAUUGGGAAAGGACGGCACAGUCCAAGCAGGAAAUUUAUCCGAUUAGCUAACCGCGAGGAUACAAAUGAGGCUCAGGCUGUUUUGCAGAAUUGGAGAAGAGGAAGAAUCCAGCUUAAACCCCAGUGUCCCAACCCAACGCCUACGGCCCCUGCUCAAGAUUUGGAGCUGUUCUGUACAAUUCAACGUCAGCAUCCGCAACCACCGCACCCAGCAGAGAAAGAAGGCAAGCACAGGUCAUUACAACAAGCUUAUCUUGUCUCUAAAGCUCCGAGAAAACUUCGCCUUUCACCGCAACAAAAGUCUAUGGAUCAAUUCGUCACGGUAUGGAAGCCAACGUUUCCACAAGACCAUGACGCUUCUCAUCCCGCUAUACAUCUGCAUGACCCUCAAUCUCGUCAGCAAAAGCACCGGCACAGCUCUUUACUUUUGCGACCCGCACAGUUGCAUACUUCCGUGGAAGCGCGCUUGCAACUCAGCCCCGAAUCUAGCUUUAAAACCACUAAGCGUUCUCUUGACAGCAUCUUCAAAGCUCUACGCCGACGCCAUGAGCCUCAAACGAACCUCCAACUCAACAGGUUCCUUUUGGAUACAGCAACCCCUCUACCAGCCGCCAACGCUGACAUAACUACUUCCCCGACGCGCUUGCAGAAUGAGAGCAAAGUCAGGCCUCCAAACAAAACACAUCGCCGUAGGAAAGCGUUCCCUGCACACAUCGAUAUUGGUGCCGUAAGGUACCGUCAGCCAAGCGAGCCACUAGUUUUAGAGACCUCCACUUCUACUCAGGUACAAUACCUUGGUGCUGAACAUCCACGAGACAAGCUGCAAGGUCUAGGGAAGUUUGGCACAAGAUAUCCUGUAAAUUUUGAUGUACAACCUUUACAUUCGGCGGUCUAUUUCCACCGUACCACCCUGAUUGGAAGUGGUCGUCUAGCCCAAGCACUCAACGGUCCCACUGAUUGGAUGCUACCAGACCGCUCGGGGAUCUCUUUUUCGUUAUGCGAUAAGCAGUUUCUCUGGGGUCAGUGGGACGAUACUGUCUCGUCCGAGAUAGGCUUAUGCAUCGACUCCAUCAUCGAAUGUCUUUCUGCCUCUGAUUCACAACUCAUUCAGUCGAAGGAAGAUACUUCAUUGGUACUAGAAACUAUUUCUAGCUACCUGCAGCUCAACCUCUCGUUUCGGGGAAUGCAAGAUCAGUAUGAUUUUCUCAUCAGAAUGUCAGAUAUCUUACAAGACUUUAUAGUUCGUCUAAGCUCAUUAACGGAGCAAGCGGACGUACUUUGUUUACAAGUGGUGACUAGGUGUCUGGUAAUUGUAUACCAGCUCCUGCGGAUGGCGCGCAAGCGGUCUGACUUGAAGACAAUGAGUUUCCGACUGGAAGAUUUGCUCAUAACCGUUUGUUCAAAGCUUGGCAGUCUCUUAUUGACCGAUGGCCUCGAACGUUUACGAACGUUGUAUGAUGAUCUUCAGUAUUUUUCCGUUCGCGAAGAUGGUAUAAGGGCAGAUCAAAGCGGGAUUGAGUCAUGGGUUGUUUUGAUCAGAGUUCUGGAUGCUGCUCAUAUCUCGAAAAGGUCUUUCUGGGACGUAAUUGGCCCCCUAUUGAAUCAGAACGAUGUUCAGUCUACAAAUAACGCUCGCCUCUUAGAACAGUUGUGGUACUCACUAUUCACAAUUCUGCCGCUAUGCGAGUUUAAUGACCUUGGUUAUGUUCAACAGUCUUCACGUCAUGAAGCCAAGUUCGAUGGCUGGUCAAUCCCACAAUCGAUUCUGAAAGGGAUGUUCAGCCUAUACAAUAAGAACCAAAGACAGUCUGCCGGUUUCAAUGACUACCUCCGCGCGAGCCUGAACCGCUGCUAUUACUUGAUGACGGAGUGGGGCUGGUGGAAAUGUGGUGGUGUUAUUGGCACUAUCUUCGACUUCUUUGCCUCUCAGAACCUCAAAAAUUUACGUAACGAAGAGGUCUAUGAUUCGCCCCAGUUCUUGAAAGAACUUGAUCGACCUCCUCUACUUAUGUUGAGACCUGAAGACCGAUGCUUCCAUAUCUUCCUCAAGAUGGUAGCUUUGGCAAUACUUCACAUGAAGGGCGCUGAAAGCGAAGCUUCGGUUGGAAACUUUGUGAUCCGGUUACUACCCAACCACAACAGACUACUUCCGAAGGAGGAAGCAAUACACCACCGGGAGCUAGCGUCAUUGCGGAAUCAUCAUGACCUUCUCUCAACCCUCUACUUUGCAGCACCAGUGAAACAGCGGCCCCCCAUCAACCUCAUAUCUGAUCUUGUAGCUGCGGAUCGCUCUCAUACAGAAGCCUGUUUGAUGAAUAUAAGGGCUUGGGAAAAUUUGACCAAGUUCAUCGUAACCAGUUCUCGCAACGCUGCCGUUUAUGGCCCCUUUAAGACUUGGCAGAAUAGUAUGGCCAGUGCUCUCGGACGACAAUAUGUAGAGACAGAAUCGGAAGUUAGAGGCCAAGCCGAAUCGCUUGAACAAGCAGGCAAAGAAAUGGUAUCAGAAACAACUUUGCACGACACUAUCGCAUCCAAUAAGAGAAGCACAAUGGAAAUCAUGCGUGCGGUGGUACGAACCAUGGGUCAAACGAUCUUGUCAUCUACAUCUACACAAAUGACCAUUGUAGCUCUCAACAUGACAACAAUUUGUACCUUGUGUUCGCAAGGGAUCUUAGACGACCCAGCUUGCACAGAAGGGUUGCUUGCUGAUUGCAUCACUGUGGUCGACCAUUAUAUGAACCAAAUUGACAGUCUGCAUCCUGUUUCGAUCUCUCGGGGUAAUGCGUCUUGUUUGAUGGAUGUGGAUAGUCAGGACAGCGAAGACUUAUCUUUGAGCAGUCUCGACCGUGUUGAAAUGAUAAAUCAAGUACAAUCUGAUAUCGUUCCUUGGAUGCGUAAGGUCUUGUACGACAAUUUACAGAAUCGCUCGACUGCUAGCCCAUCAGUUCUGCGAACGCUUGUUUCAAGUUGGGCUGACGUAGUGUCUAAAGUGACAGAAGGGGGGAUGAAAAUGAGUGACUUUUUCAUGAAUGGGCCGCAUUCUGUGUUUCCGCAACCCCACAAAACGACGAGGAUUGGCUUGUAUUGGUGCAUGUUCCUUGCGGAACUUACCAAGAACAAAGGGCUUGAAAACUUUGAGAUGCCAGGCUUUGACAUUGGCACGGAAUGGCUUCUAUUGCUCAUUAUGCCUCCGAUAGACGAUGAGACUUUUCGAGAUACGCUGAAUAAGUUGACCGCGUGGUUGCGAGUUCGGGGCCACUACUUAUUGGCAGGGCCGUCUCAUCUCACAUCAGACUCGGCAAAAGGUGGAAUUGUAUCAUAUGAGCGAACCGCCUCCCCUCAAAUUUUGUUUAGAAAUACUGUUAAUGUUAUGCGCUCGACACUUCUGGGCCAGUCGAGCAUUGACCCGAGGUUCAGUAAUGUGACAUCAAAAGAGAUACAUCAUUCGUUUUCAACAAUACUAAAGCGUGUGAUGGACUUCAUGAAAUCACAGCUCGAGGCAAUGACGCCAAGGUCACUGGAGCAUCUUCGUUACAUCAGAUUAGUACAACAGAAUGUGUCGGUAAUACGAUCACAUGCCAGCGACAUUCAGCCUUUAAUUGACUACUAUAUCAUCCCUUCACAGUCAUAUUGGCCCGAAGAUACGGAUCCAACGCUGUACGCUGCUGGAAUCGUGUCUUACUCUUUGCGACUUCAGAGCAAUCCGCGAAGGAGUGCUCUUGAGCUUUUCUACUAUCUCUACAAUGGAUGGAAAACAGACCUCAUUCAAAAUCAAGUUUCAAGACACAUGCGAUAUGUUAAGAAGGGUUUAGAUCAGUGGGAAUUCGCGUCGUUUCUUAUGUUUGAUUUCCUACCCGCCGCUCUUCAUGUUGGCUUCCAGUCAUCUGGCGGGUGGGUUCUCUGUGCAACAUAUCUGCCUACAUUGUCCAGUCAGGCUACGAGGUUGCUUAGCGAUGAACAGGCCGUGCCUCAGAAGUCACCAUUCGUCCUUUUCACAAAUCUGCUCAGGAUCAUCAUCAACGGCUUGAACACUAGGGUUUACAGAUCAAGUUACGCAGUUGAUGAUUGCCAACUACCUCACCAACGCUGUAUGACGCAAGCCGCCGUUCAUUUCUGGCUAUCUACGCUGCUCCCACUCAGGACACACGCAUCAAAUGACUUGGACAAACUCAACGUCAUACAAGGUCUUGAAAAAUCCAUGGUCAGAAUCCUAGUCCGCAUGUGUGGGUUAGAGAACAGCGAUCCUAUCACCCCACAGAUUACUGUAUCUAAAGGUCAGCAAUUUGCCGAUUUCGUGUCCGUUUUGUCGGAAGAUCUCAGUAACAACUGGGAGAUAAAAGAGAACUCAUUGGACGUAGUAAUAAGCAAAGCAAGAUCUCGUGAUGGCAUAAACACUCAUCUCAACUUAACCCGCCUAGGAGGCGAGAUCGUUAGCCCUCUACAAUUGCUUCAUUUAGCUCUUCCCUUGCUGGGAGAAGAAGGUGAUGGUCUUUUGGAGCAGGUAGGCGAAAUUAGUAUAGGUCCCGACGUUCGAAGAAUAUAUUGUUAG